CUGGUGACACUUUAUUUUUAUUCACUUUGACAAAUAGAAGAAAAAAGUUUGCAUAAGAGAGCCGUACACUCUACAGGCCAGAAGCUGAAUGGCUUAUUUUUUCACCACGGCUAGGCCAGUCCGUACCAGGCUGUAGAAACAUCCAGUGCAGCGCUGUGGGUUUGAGAGAGAGAGAGAGAGAGAGCGAGACAGGGGGCACUUGUCCGAUGCAAUCAAUUAAAAAAACCUGAGAGAGAUGUUGCAGGAAAACGAAGGACUAGAACGCUCAUUUUAGCAAACAAGAAGAAAUAAUCACAAGCAUAGCGGGGGGAAAUCGGUCACAAUCACAUGACAGAGGCUGAGUGACGGCUUCAUCAUCCUCAUCUUUCAAAUAUUUCCUUUAAUUGUCUUGAAAAAAAUCCAUCUGUCUUGGUGCGUGGUUCCUGAGCAGUCUCUUGGCAUGGAUCAGUUCAAAGAGGAAUGGAAGCAAGAGUGUGCCGUUCUCUCAGAACUAAUGUUGUUGCUAUGAAGGGUGGCAGCAGGACUAAGGACCCCCCUGUGGAAGGAGAGGUGAGUGGCAAACGACCAAAACGCAAGUGUCUUCAGUGGCACCCUUUGCUUUCCAAGAAAGUACUUGACUUCUCUGAGGAGGAGGAGGAAGAUGAGGAGGAGGAGCUUGAAAAGGAGCAUCAUCUAAAUCCUGAGGGACUAGAGAUUGAAGCAGAUGAAACUGAAGAUGAAGAAUCUUCUGAACAGCGUGCUCGAAGACCUAUGAAUGCCUUCUUGUUGUUUUGUAAAAGACACCGCUCACUUGUACGCCAGGAACAUCCACGGCUGGACAACAGAGGUGCUACCAAAAUCUUAGCUGACUGGUGGGCAGUGCUGGAGCCUAAAGAAAAACAGAAGUACACUGAUAUGGCCAAGGAGUAUAAGGAUGCUUUCAUGAAGGCAAAUCCUGGAUACAAGUGGUGUCCCACGACCAAUAAGCCAGUGAAAACCUCAUCUCCUACAGUCACGACCAGAAAGAAAGUUUGGACUUUUAGCCCAGACUCAUCUAAAGACUUCCCCAUUGCAAAAAAAACUGGCAGAGUAGAAGAUACACCACAGCUUAAUUUUGCCAUGGCAGACCCUACACAAAUGGGUGGCCUCAGCAUGUUACUUCUAGCCGGAGAACACGCACUAACAGCAAGGGAGAUCAGUUCUACUACAUCAUUCCCUGAAACCGCGACUUCUGACAAACAGGGUGGGAAGUCAGCAUUGUUCCAGCUUGCUGAGCAGAUUUCCUCAAGUACAUCUCCUGAAGUAACAGAUAAUGCAAAGCAACCAGCAAAAUCUACUCUGUUUCAAUUUGCAGAGAUCUCUUCUAGCACUUCUCAAAUUGGGUUCACGGACUCCUGUAAACCCGGCGGAAAUUCCUCACUGUUUCAACUGGCUGAGAUCUCUUCAUGUACAUCCAGUGUCCCUGCAGGAAAGCAGUGUGGACAGUCUGCACUCUUCCAGCUGGCAGAGAUGUGUUUAGCAUCUGAGGGAGUGAAAGUUGAAGACUGUGACAAACUGACAGAUAUAACCCCCGUGGAAAAUCCCCAAAAUGCUGAGACCUGUUUGGGUAAAAUCAAGGAAGAAAAUGAAAGCAAGUCUCAAAACUGUGACACUCAGGAUGUACUAAAUAUGGCACAAUCAUCAUCUUCCUCCUUAUUUUCCUCUUCGUCAUCUUCAUCAUCUUCCACUUCCUCAACUCCAACUGAUGUCAGUCUACAUGAAACUGGUAAAGUGGAGAAAGUAAAAAAGAAGAAAAAAAAAGGCAAAGUGGACACAAUGAAAACUGAGAAGUUAAUGCACAAAAAAAACUGCAAAAAGAGACAGUCUUCUGAGUCAGACUUGGAAAGUGUUAUUUAUACAAUUGAAGCAGUUGCUAAAGGAGACUGGGGAACAUCAGACGUACAGGGUGAGGAGACACCCCCCAAAAGAAUAUGUUCCUCUUCUGGUAUACGACUGAAUGCAAUGCCACCAAAGAAGUUGAAGUCCAAAGUUAAGAAAUUACUGAAGACUAAGGACCAGGAGCAAGUCAAUGACUCUGAGCUACCCGACUUGAAUGUUUCCAUGCCCAGCAUCAAUGUAGAUUUUGAGACAAUGGACAAAAAGAUGGUAAUGGUUGAGACCACAGAUAAUUGUGAAGAACAUGUUCCCCAGAGCCCCACACAUUUGUUAAUUAAAUCAGAAGAAAAGGAAAGCAGCUCAAAGAUAGAAAACUGUGGAUCACGGAAAUCUGAGCGAACAUGUAAAGGAGCUUUGUACAAGACACUUGUGUCAGAGGGAAUGUUAACAUCAUUGCGGGCAAAUGUAGAUCGAGGUAAACGAGGCUCAGGAAGAGGAACAACUUCAGAUCAUGAGGGAUGCUGGACUGAGGAUAAUUGGUCAUUUUCACAGACAGGCUCAAGCAGCACCAAGAAGUUGAAGAAAUCAAAAUCUAAAGAUGAUUCUCUUCCUGGGUUGGGAAAGUUGGGAGAGGAAUUUGAAAAGAAGUUCAACAGCCUUCCUCAGUAUAGCCCUUUGACAUUUGACCGCAAGAACAGCUUUGCUAUGAAAAAGAAAAAAAACAGUGGAAAUGGGGUAUCAGAGCAACCAAAACAAAAUAAAGGUUCAUCUCCGUCUCAAAAGAAGAACUUAUUCCACAAGAUUGUCAAUAAAUAUAAGCACAAAAAGGAGAAAUCUAAUUCUUUAGAAAAAGCCAUACCUACACAAGAUGCACAUUCAGUUGAAGCUGUCCAGAAAAUUAAGAAGUCUUCAACAUUGAGUGUAAUUGCAUCUGAUUCAGUGGGAGCAGGGGAACCUCUUGUGGGCAGCCAGAAGAGGAAAGCAAGAAAGACCAAAAUAACCCAUUUGGUACGGAGUGCAGAUGGAAGAGUAUCUCCUGCUGAAGAAAGCAGAACUAGGGAACUGGUACAAAGCCCAGGAGAAAAGCCAUUAAAAGAAGACACAUUAUACAGUGAGGAUUGCUACAGAGAAACAAAGGCUCAGUCUAUGUGCAGUAUUACAGCAGACAUGCCAGCUGUAUCUUCUAUUCCAGCAUUUGUCAGCUUGGCUGCUCUGGCUGAGGUGGCAGCAAUGGAGAAUGUACACAGAAGUCAGCGUUCUCUGCCACAUGAAGGACAGCCAAAUGAAAUGGCCCAAACUCCAGUCCUUAUUUCCUGCGCAGAUCAGUGAUGACUAUUUUGAAACACAAAUGAAAGUGUUCUUCAGUGAAGAAACUCUGAACUUUCAUUUGCUUACCUCCUUGCCAUGCCCUGACUGCGAAAGAUUGCAUUAGGAUACCACUCUGUGUGACUUGAGGUUUUCCUUAAAACUUGCAAGAACUUGAAUUUAGUUUUGUGGGUUUGUUCCCUCUUGUUAAACACAGAAGAUUAAUUUUAUAAAGGAGAGGAGCUAAACUGGUCACUUUGUUUUUUGUUAAUACUUGUCACUUAGUGGGCUGUGACAAGUUAUGCAUUUAACUGUUGAAAGGAGAAGGCUGCUGUUUUAAAGGUCAAGUUUUGUUUAAAAAUUGCAUUUUUGUUACUUUUUUGCUUUACAUUUUUUAUGUAUUGAGAAUAACCAACUUUUUGCUACAUUUUGUGUCAGCAUUGAUCAUACACUGUAUGAAACUCCCUCCCUAUAUGUAUUUCAGGCAUCUUCUCCGGUUUGGUGAGCCAGCCAUCCUUCCUGAAUUAUGUGGUAUGGCAGAUGCUCUGUGCAGAAGGCAUUAUUUAAGUGAAUUAAACUGGGAAAGAUGUAUUAUUAGCUAUACAAUCUACUAUACAAGUUUUUUUUCUAUAUAAUUAUUUUUAAGAAUAUUUAAUUAUAACAAAGUAUAUUUAAAUAGUAAGUUAUGUUUUCUUGUAUCUAUUUCAGGGUGUCAAAAAUCAAGAAAAAAGUGAUAGACUGUCGUUAAAAGCCAAUUUAAGAAAAAAAGUAAAAAUAAAGUGGUUAAAAUGUAAUUUUAAUCAUAUGUGCAAAUUACACUUAAAAUGAACCAAAUGAUUCAUGCACUUUAGUGAAUAAAAUACUUGUUUUUUUAUUUGAAAACAGCAGAUUUAAAUGCUUCCCAGUAAUACAAAACUGCUUUCUGCAAAAUACCAAAAUACUGUCCUUUCCUUUUUCUUUGGUGAAAAUUAAAGUUUGGUGCACAAAAAAGCAAUACACCAGUACAACUGAAGGGUUUAACACAGGGAAAACAAAUUGCUCUUUCCUUAAACAACCGUGCAUACAUUUACUUGGUAAAAUAAAAUAAAAGUAGUUUAUACAGAUAUUUUUCCUUCCUGAAAGACAAUCCCUCCUUAGUACUGGUAAAGUUUACAUUGUUGCAGUGCCUAGAUAAAUGCUGUGUUCAUGAAAAUGUUAAUGUAGUCUGCUUUUCUUACUAAUGGUGUAAUGAACUAUUUUAUUUUGGAUAGAAUGAAGGAGACAUUUGGACUUCUAGAGAAGUGAAAAUGAGCAUCUCAUAAUUUAAUUCUAUAGAAAAUCUGUAUAGCCAUUGCCAGUAAGGCUUAUAUGCAAAACUUUUUGAAGUGUUUUUGGUAUUACCAUUGCAGCCUUCAACAUACUUGUUGUACUGAGCUAUCUGUGUUCCCAAAAAUGACUUGUUUGAUAAUGUGUAAUUAUUUGAUACUUCAACAGUCAUCUGUAGACAGUGUACCAGAACUCAGUUUUAUAUUUAUAAUGCUAAAAGUGCUGAAUAGAUUGAUCACUGCAUUUAAAAAAAAAAAAAGUUCAAAUACUUGAAUGUGAAAAUGUAUUUUUGUGACAACUCUUGACCUUUAGCACAGUCUGUGUAGCUUUUAUAUUUUAAUGCAAGUGUGUGCAAGUAAUUUUCUUUUGUAACCUCCACACUGCAUUAACUCUUAUAUAGAACUACUAGUCUGACAUCAGUUCAAUUCAGAAAUUUCAGUUUUGUCUAAGUUUUUAAAUUACAUUAUUUCUUCCAUUCCAGACAUGACAAAUUAUUUAUGUGAGUGGUUUCUUUGGGUAAUGGGGUGGUGGGUUUGAUGGGCAGAGUAUUGACACUUUAUCAACUGCAUUUCAGAGGAACAUGAUUUGCUUUUCCUUUUAAAGAUGCCAAUUAUUAACUUCAACCAAACAUAUAAAAAAGUGCUAUAAAACAUAAAUAAACUGUUCAAGGAAAAAUAUCAACGUAAUAGUGUUCCCUAUCCAACAUGGCCUCAUUCUUUUAAACCUUCAUUCAUAUAGGUGUCAUCACUGUAGUGGUUCAAGACAGAACAUUGUCCCAAGUUUUUCUUUAACACCAGCAUUACACUGCAAAUGUUUUGUAGCUUCCAGGAGAAAACUCAUGCCUUUAAAGGGCAUUAUAAAAACAGCAUAUUAAUAAUUUAAAACAAUGGUGCUUUACUAUAAACAACAUUAUUAAGCUUUCUUCUUGCCCCAUUUCUGCAUUGGUCUUUUUUUUUUUUGUAUCUGGCUUCACUGAACAGAAAUACGUAUGCCAUUUUUUGUACCUCUUUCAUCUGUAAAUGUUUCAACAAUUUAAUUUAUGGUGUCCCAUUAAGUCUACUCUAGAUUGAAUGUUUUUUGGUUAUGGGAUAGAUUUUUUUAUUUGAUUACAGUUUAUACAAUAAAUAAAUAUUUAUUGUAUAAAUCAAAUAUUCUUUUUAUAUCAUUGCUGGUGUUAGUGUUGCUCGUUUUAAUUUUAUUUGAUAUAGGGUCAUCAUUGACAUGAACAUUUUUCAUUUAGAGUAGUCUAUUUGCUUUGAUUAUAUAGUCAAAUGUUAUGACAUCUUUUCAUUAAUUUUGUGUACCUCAUUUAAAGAUACAAAGCAUUUAAUAACAAAUGCUUCACAAAACCACAAGCGUUUUUCUGAAAACUGCUACAUUAAGAAUAGUCCAGUUUACAAAAUAAAAACUGCUUUGAAAGUAACCUUUUUGAGCAAAUGUUUCUGUGAUGAAAUAACCUGGGAAAAAUGUGAGCAGUAGAUAAAAUAAGGUAUAAAACACAUGAAACAUAGUCUUACUGCCAAACUAUUCAGCAUUAUGAAGAGGUUCCCAAAAAGCAGUUAAACCCUAGUUCAGUUGUCAUUUUUCUCGUUAUGUUGUAGAUUGACAAUAUUGAUCUGCAGUAAUUUAGUUUACUAGAAAUUAUUUUUGUGGAAAGGUUUCAAAGAAUAGAAAAAUAUGAUAUGCAUACUAGUUGAAUAUCUUGAAUUUUAUAAACAAAUGAAAAAUAUAUCCCCUCACAAUAAAAGUCUGAUUGUAGCAAUGCUUAUUUGAGAAUCUAGAGAUAUUUAAUAAUGUGCAUGUUUAAUUUUUUUGAACAAAUCCUCUGUUACUAGGUGCCUGAAGAAAAAGACUUAUGCUUGUUUUUAAGAAUACCUGUUAUAAAAAUAUUUUAAUCAAAAGCUUUUAUACAAAAGAAAGUGAAGAAAGCAUAUUAAAAUUGUCUGAGUAUGUCAAAGGUUUGUUGUUGAAAGGGGUCACGUAAAUUUCUUGAAUAGACAAAAGAUUUGAAAAUGUCACCUAUUUGUGCCUUUUCAAACAGAAAGUUUUAUGACUGAAACAACUACCAAUUGCUAACUUUUCGAACAUAGGUCUGAUAUUUAUCGUAAUCCCAUUACUUUUGGUCAGCUUCCCUUCUUCUUUAACACACAUACUUGUAUACUCCUACAAUCGUCUUGCAUGCUUUCUCUUUGCAGUUAGUAUUAUAAUGUGGGCAUGUAGCUGAUAAGUGAUUUUGUAGCGUUAAAUCACAAAUUUUAAAAAAGCAGCUCAUGGACUAGCCAAAAUAUAACAUGGUGAAUUAUUAUAGCCUACUCUUUAUUAUCAAUGGAACAGUUAUUGAAAUUUUUAUUUAAUAGCUGGCACUGUGUUUUUUUUUAUAAUAACAUUCUAGCCUUGGAUAUACAAAAACAUUUGUAUUUUUCCAGAUUAUCUUAGUUGGUUUCCUGAUUUUGCAUAUUUAAAAAGUACAUGGCUAAUAUUAGAUAUCAGAUAACCUCACAGGAAUGUCUUUUAUUUUUCAAGUGAGGUACUUAAGUCACAUCUUAUGUGUAAAAGUGUUGGAACAUUUCAGCAUAACAUAAGACCAGUUUAUACCACCAGGUGACAAUAAAACACAAAUGCAAUGCAUGAAACUGAAAAAUGCAAGCUUUCCCCAGGAUGGUUUUCCUUUAGAAACAUUUUUAAUAAUUUUUUUUCUUGUAUUUUUGUUUGACUUUCCAAAUAUACAAAAUAGAGUGCAAAAUGAUACUUAUUAUCAUAAGAUUUAAAUGAAUCUAUAAAAGAAUGAAGCCAUGUUUACUGCCUUUUGGCCUUUAAAAGUUGCGCCUUUCUUCUUAGUGCUCUCAGUUUUGUGCAAUAAUCCUUUUUUAAUUAAAUUGAUCCUUCUUUUUCUUUUUUGUAACUGACUUUUUUAUAUUUGUCAUUUUUAUUUUCUCCCUGUCAGUGUGGCUACACUUGUAUUUUAUACAUAUGUUCACUUAAUGUCCAAUGCAAUUCUUUCAUUUGACUUCUUCUUUACCUCACAGCCCUCUCUUUGGGUUAAAUUUACUGAAUAAGGACUGUUGUGUAAUGCUUAAUAGAAACACAAUAAUUUUAUUUCUUAAUUCUAAAGCACGUAGGCACUGAAACUUGUAGACAUAUUUGCAGAGCCUUUAGUCUAAUAGCUUUGACAUCAUUGCUUUUAAGACUUCUGUUUUAAAGUACUGUGUCAUUUGUACUGAGAGUUUCACACACAUGUUAAUUAUAUUUGUUUUAGAAAUAUGUUGUAUAGUUUUGUGUACGUUUCUGCUUCCCAACUACAUGAUACUGCUGAAGAAUUACUUUAUUUAAGUAUAAUUAUUUUUAGGUUUUACUGAAUACUUAUAGAUUGUUGAAUUCAAAUCAUUGAUUUAAAGCAAGUUUUUAUUUUAUUUCAGCAAUGCUGACUUAGCUAUAGCUGAGACUACUGUCUAAUAAUUGAAAGAACUUCAUGCCAUUCAUUAUACAGUGAGCAUAUUUAAUUGGGAUCCUGAAACUAUCUUUUUAAACAGUUAACAUUGUCACUUUUUCUUCAAAGUGGUAUCAUCAUAUAAUGCAGAAGAGAUAAGGGUUCACUAGUGACCCCAUCAAUUUGUACAGUUUAUAUAUCACAUUGUACAAUUUCUGAAAAGGUUAAUCCACCUUUACCUGCUCACUGCGUGUAAUAAGUUGAAACCGACAGUGUUUAUACUUCUUGUGAAGCUCGCUAUUAAAAGCCAUUCACAAGUUCUUUCACCCAUUUUCCUACCCUCCUUUUUGCGUUAUUGAGUUUUGAGCAGCUGGAGCAGGAACCAAAACAGAAUGUAACACCACUCCACUGCAGGAGAUGCAAAUAUUCACACAUGGCCAAUUAAGUUUUUCAUUUUACUUAUCAUGAAUGUUUUGAAUUUGAAAGAAGUCUUGAAUACCUGGGGAAAAACCAAUGUGAGGAAAGGGAGAGUGUGCAAAUACCACCAAGACGUGACUAUGCUGGGAUUUCAACACACCUCCCUAAAGUAGUAUACAUUUAUGAAAGAUUUUUAUUUAAACUACAUUUAAAAUAAAAGGGAUCAAGCAUGUCAGGGACAAAAAACUAGAAAACCUGUUGCACUGAGCUGGGAGUAGCACUGCUAUUUUCAGGUAGAAUAUCAGCAGAAAUUACUCUAGACUUACAUUUUGUGGUACUCUGGCUUUAACAUAUGAAAUCGUUGUUUCAAAAUGAUAAAUAUUGGUAAAAAUAUACAUUAUGAUUGUUGUAUCCUACCAAGCUAUCUUCUAACCGCUUAAAACAAAUGUUGGUUUGGAUUAAGAACAUUUAUUUCUAAAGAGAUUUAUGACUGUUUUGUAGACUUGAAGGAAAUUACCAAAACAUUGUCCAAGGUUGGUUGUAAAACACAACCUUUUAUUCUGUUCAGGUGCAUCAACAUGUAAAGGAUUGUAAUGGAUAAGUAGACCAAUGCUUGCUACUUGGAAUACUUCUAUAAUUGUCUAGAAUUCUUAUAUUACAUUUGGUAAACAUACCCUUUAGUAUUAGCAUUGCCUCUUGAAUGUAUUAGCGUUUUUAACUUGUAUUUUUUAUUUCUAAUGUGUUUUGUAAAUUUCCAUUAGUGUGUGACUGAUUUUGUUUAAGAAGGUCUUUGCAAUAUAUAUAGAUAAUAGAUUAUUUGUGAUAUUGGCUGUUUGUCCAAAUAUACAGCAACCAUCUGCUUUCAUAGCUAUAAUUUAUUUUAAAGUCUAUGGAGUAUAUAUUAGUAAAAUGUAUAUAUGUUUAAAAAUUAUAUCUAAUUAUACAAUUGUUUAAUUUGCUCAGAUAUAACGAAACUAUACAAACUACACUAAAUGCAGAUAAAUAUUUGUCAGUAUAGACAUAUUGCCAAAACUUCCUAAUUUUAGUUAAAUACAUUUCGUAUAUACAUUCUCACAUACUGUAUACUAGUGAAAAUGAAAUUGCUGAAAAUACUGCUUGAAAGUGUAUAGAACUAGCUAGUUCAGAUAGAAUGUUAAUGCUUCCAUACAUGUGUGCAAUUAUCUUUAACUAGUUUUCAUUGUAUGUAUUUCAUUUUUGCUCCUUAAUUAGUCUUUUUACUACCUUAAACAGACAGAAUCGCUCAGGCUUAUUCUUUUUUCUACCUUUUGUUUAUAAAAUUCUGGUAUACGUCGGUUGGUAGCUUUUCCAAUGAAUCUAUCCUCAGUUAAGGGUGUGCAAGGAAAGCAAAAUGCAUGCAUGCCACCAAGAACAGAAUUUUUGAGACAAAUAUGCAUAAUAGUACUUAACAGUAGAUUUCUCUUUGCAGCACAUUUUAUUAUUUUUUGGUUAGCCAGCAACUAUUAGUAGCAUAUUUAUUUGCACACCUUGUCCCCUGCUCAGGAUAAAGCAGUUACAGAAAACAGAAAAGUCUGUGUGUGUACACAAAUUUGGUAUUUGUAUAUGUCUAUGGGUAUAUACAUUUUUACUUACUGUACAUAUACAGUAUAUAGUAUAGUACUGCAUACAAAAAACACGCACACUCAAAAAUGGCAUUGAAAGUGCUAUAAUUUCAAAAUCAGAAUUAAGCACAUUAAUGUCUUCUGAAGGAGAAGUUGCCUAAUUUUGUCAGGAUGAUCAUGCAUAUCUGCAAUUCACAUAGUUUAAUGUAUUUUGUUAGUACUGUAUCAUGAGAUAAAAACUUGAUUGUUUUAGCCCUUUCAUAAAUGCAGCUUUGCCUUAUUCUUUUGACAGAUUCAGAAGGAGAGAAAUUAUGCAAUGCAGCAUAUUUACUUUAAAAUAUUUCUAUAGUUUCAGAUUUUAUAAGAGUGCUGUUCAAAUAAUCUUGACUAGUAGCAGCCUGAUAUGUGUAAAUUCUUUUAAUAGCAAUAUCUAUUUUUUAUUUUACUUCAUUGUAGUUUAAUUUUGGAAAGUUCUUCCUUAUGUUCAGGAUUGAUUCAAUAACACUUUUACAGUUAAGUAAUUAUCAAAAUUAAUACAUAUACAAAUGAGUAAUAAGUCAGAUGGCACUUAUGUUUGAAAAUAGUAAUGUGUUUGGAAGGGUAUAAUCAUUGUGGUUAUUGUUUUGGUCUCUUUUAAAUUAUUGGAAAAAUAAUGAUAAUGUGCAAGAAUCAUAAAACUCUGUAAUUGUGAAAUAACUUACAUAAGCAAAAAGACACUUUUUGGAGGAAAUGCAUACAUGAAUUUUCUUUUGCUUAUACUGCUAGCAGAUGUAGCAUUUUAAUGAACUAUAGUAAUUUGGUUAUAGACAAGGUUUUAUUUAUAAACCUUUGUUAACCCCUGAAAAUAUGAUACUUGCUGCAACUGUCAGCAGGAGUCAUUAUUUCAUUACUGUUACAGCCUGUUGAUACAUAGUUCACACUUCCUUUUUAUACUUAUUGUAAUUGUUUUUCAUUAUUUGAAGUAUUUCUGGCAGUGCAUUAUUUACAUUGCACCAUGUGUAACUGAGGACAUUUGAUGAAACUCACAAUUAGUAGUAUAUGGAAUGUCCCAGAAUUUUUAGCAGUGUGUAUACCCUCAUAAAGUAUAAUUUUCAAUCUCAUGGAACAUACUUCAUAAUCACAAUUUUAUAUUUUGAAUUAUUAGAACGGGCGGCACGGUGGUGCAGUGGCUAGCGCUGCUGCCUCACAGUUAGG